AUCCACACGAAGUUGCAAAGCAACAGCUAGCGCACAUCGGAAGCAGCAGCAGCCAUGAAGCUCUGCUUCUGCCUCGCCGUUGUGACCCUGGCCGCGCUUCUCUCGUCCGAGGCCGUGGUCGCCUGCAUCGACGUGGGCUUCUACGACAGGACCUGCCCGUCCGCCGAGACCCUGGUGCAGCAGACCGUGGCCGCCGCCUUCGGCAACGACUCCGGCGUCGCCCCGGCCAUCAUCCGCCUCCACUUCCACGACUGCUUCGUCAAGGGCUGCGACGGCUCCGUGCUGAUCGACUCCACGCCUGGCAACAAGGCGGAGAAGGACUCGGGGCCCAACUUCCCCAGCCUCCGCUUCUUUGACGUGGUGGACCGCGCCAAGGCGGCCCUCGAGGCGCAAUGCCCCGGCGUCGUCUCCUGCGCCGACGUCCUCGCCUUCGCGGCUCGGGACAGCGUCGUUCUGUCGGGCGGCCUCGGGUACCAGGUGCCCGCAGGGCGGCGGGACGGCCGCGUGUCCACCGAAGCGGACGCGCUCAACAACCUGCCCGGACCAACGUCCACCGCCUCCGACCUGGUCGCCGGCUUCGCCGCCAAGAACCUCACCGUCGAGGACAUCGUCGUCCUCUCCGGCGCCCACACCAUCGGCGUCUCCCACUGCAGCAGCUUGACCGAGAGGAUCUACAACUUCCCAAACACAACCGAUGGGAUUGAUCCGAAGCUGAGCAAGGCGUACGCGUUCUUGCUCAAGGGCAUCUGCCCGCCCAACAGCAACCAGACGUUCCCGACGACGACGACCCUCAUGGACCUCAUCACGCCGACGAGGUUCGACAACAAGUACUACGUGGGGCUGACCAACAACCUGGGGCUCUUCCAGUCGGACGCGGCGCUGCUGACCAACGCCACCAUGAAGUCGCUGGUCGACUCCUUCGUGCGCAGCGAGGCGGCGUUCCGGACCAGGUUCGCCAGGUCCAUGCUCAAGAUGGGGCAGAUCGAGGUGCUCUCCGGGGCACAGGGCGAGAUCAGGCGCAACUGCAGGGUCAUCAACCCUACCAACGCCACUAGUGCCGGCGCCGUUCACCAUCAUCUUCUCCCGGGAUCAUCAGGUUCUUCAGGAUCCAACCAGGUGGCUGCAAGCUGAUUAGUUGGUGGUCACUAGAGAUAUGUGUACGUGCAGUGUGCAUGAGGUCGAGUGCUCUAGUGAUGCAAUAAAUUAUCUGAUGUUUUGUCUGAUCGAUCGUCUGUACUACAAUUUGCGAGCGUUUGAAAUGAAGCAGUCCCAAAAUGUUCCUACCACAA